UGUGCUUGUGGAGGUAUGUCUCUGUUGGGCUGAUAUCCCAUGGGAAGGGCCUGGAAACGACAGGGACAUCACUCUUUGUCUGUCUGUCUGAGGCAUGUGCAGAGGAGUUUUUAUUGCAUAACCUAAUAUCUACAUUCUCCUUUCUGAGGGACUCAUGUUAUGUGUUUUUGGAAGAUUUGAACACAAUUAAACCGAUUGCUGCUAAAAACCUCCACAUCAAUGUGCUGUAUCAACAGAAAACCUGAUGGCUUCCAGGUAGGGAUUCCUGUGGUUUCUCAAACACCUGCUGUCUUAUGGCCCACAAAACCAUUAACUUCAUACUGCAGGUGGCAGUACCUGAUGCUUAGGGUAUAGAGAGCACAGGGGUUUCGGUGUCCUUCCCCUCCUUCAGUACACAUUUCUUAGACGUCUAUGCUACCACGUAUCACAAUUUUGUAUUUGAUUUAUAUUUUACCCUGUAAAUACACUCAUUAGUAAAACACUCUCAUAACCACUCUUUGGUUCUUUGGUAAUGUCCUGAGUAAUAUUCUUAUUUCAGGGUUGCUUUCUCGCAGAAAAGUUAUGGCUGAUCUUGUUAUGUUUCAUAACAUAAGAAACAUUAUCGCAGCAUAAAAACUACACACAACACUGAAUGUCCAGGUUGUAUUAUCAUUAAAUUGGAGGUUGUUUCCCAGAAGGCUCUUCAAGUGGCAGGGAACAGAGCUAUUAAAAGAAAUUACUUCUUUGUCUCUGGAGAAGCAGGACAUAGCUCCGGGACUUCAUGGAUAUCCUGGAUACUGUGUCAUUUCCAGUCCUCCGCAUGAAUAAUGGAAAUGCAUUCGUUCAGAAAGUGGAAGCGAUCCAUUUACAAUAAAUGAUCUCACCAUGUUGAAAAGAAAGGAUUAAGGACAGGCAACAGACGCAGGGUGAGGCAGUACUGAUGUCGCUUUUGGUUUCGUUGUUUAGAGGUCGCGGCUCUCAGGAACAGAGAAGUUGCCUAGAGAACUCCCGGCUCCGCCGCGGCUGAAGCGCUGGGAAAGAUACUGUGAGCAGGCUGUCAAGUGGAAAGAAGAAAACAGUGAAAAUUUUUAGAGCGUUCAUUUUACAGUGUUUUAACUCUGAGGAUUUCAACCUUUUUCUGAUGUGUGUGAAGACAACUUAAGAGAAGGAAUUUACACUGAAACAUAUGGUUAGAGUUGUAUUUUGUGCUGUUGACUCGGUUCUCCCUCUACAGUCUACAAGUUAAUUAGCAAGGCAAGUGGCCUUCACUGCGUCUAAAUCUUGGGAAGAGGAUAUCUGUCUUUGCAAGAGGAGGGUAGGAAAUGUUUUUCCUGUUAUUCCUAUGUUAUUUCUAUUCCUAUGACCUUUACGGACAUGAGAAAAUUGUGUGGAAAGUUCUAGUUGUUAGCAGCUUUUUGGUGUGGCUUGAGAUUUAUAAUCUAGGGACCCUGAGUAUGUGUAGAUGGAUGACCACCUGCAAUUGGUAUUCCAAGGACUAGUGCUUACACAUAGCUUUGAUUAGAUUAUGUGUUUUUAAAAUGCCUAUGGCAUUUUAUGUUCAAAUUUUUGCAGCAUUUGUCUGUUUGGUUACAGUGAACCACAGUUAGCAAUACAGAAUUUUCCCUGCUGGGGAACUUUCCAAUAAUGGGGAAGUUUCCUAAAGAAGUAGGUGUACUUACAUCAACAUUUAAGUUGUCACAUGAAGUCUUUUGAUAGAUAGUUCUGGUUUUUCCUGUCCUUUUCAUUUGAUUGUGGCAGAAACGUGCAGCAGCAGUACUGAGGAGCAAUUUGUACAGUUUAGAAUAUAAUUUGCUUUUAAAAAACUUCCACAGAUGUUGGAAGCUGGCAGGAGGACAGAAAAGACACUGUGGUAGGUACUGUAAGAAAAAUAGCAAGCUUUAGUAAAGGACUUUGAUUGAUGUCAAGAUCUCAAACUAUCCAGAGGAUUCUUCUGCUCAGGGUAAAACAAGAGAAGGUUCUAUAAUGGUUAUUGAAGUGGUUUUCUUUUUGCAUGUGCACCUGGAUUUGACCUGGACCUGCAUUUUUUUCCCUCUGAAAGUGAAAAAUUGAAUACAGCUGCAAACUUUCUCAGUCUUGAGGAAAUUUGUUCCAUCUGCAUCAUGGGAAGGCCUUUGUUUUUGUAUGUAUUUUUAUUCUACUGGCAUUUCCUAAAUGCUUUAUUCACAGUUGAAGCUCCUCAGUCACUCUGCAUUGUGGAACGUGGGAACAAUGUGACCAUGGAAUGCACAUUUCCAGUGAAUGGGAAGUUAGAGUUUAGAGACUUAAGUGUCAGCUGGGAUAAGAAAGAUGAGUUGAAGCAGGUUUAUGUACUUCGCAAAGGAGAGGAAGACCUCAAAAAUCAGCACAAUGACUUUAAGGGAAGAAUAAAAUUGUUGAAAGAGAAUCUGAACUUGGGACAGUCUGUCCUUCAGAUCACUGACGUGAAGCUCAGAGAUGCAGGAAUUUACCGCUGUGUUGUUGCCUAUGGGGGAGCUGACUACAAGACAAUCCACCUGAAAGUUAAGGCUCCUUACAGAAUUAUAAACCAAGGAGUGGAGAGCACAGGACACAACGAAUGGAAGUUGACAUGUCAGUCAGAAGGAUACCCAGCAGCUGAAGUGAUAUGGCAAAAUAGAAACUACGAAGAUUUGACUUAUAAGGCAAACACAAAAUUUGAAACUGCAAAUGACCAGUUGUACCGUGUGACAAGUACCCUCACAAUCAAAAGUGGAAUUGAUGACAUUUUUUACUGUAUAUUCUGGAAUAAAGAGCUGCAAGAAAAUACAACUGCCAUUUUACACCUAGCAGAUUCAACUGAAGGCAUUCUCCAGACUAAGAGCAGACGCUUUGUUGGAGCAACUCUCAUUGCAACUGCUUUUGUUGGAUCAGUGCUUCUGUUUCUGCUCUGCAUAAGAAAAGCUAGAGCAAAUAAGGGCAACAGAACACCUGUGGCGAGUCCAUCAAUAGCAAAACUUGCAAAAGAUAAGGAUACACACAACUGCAGAGAUGCUUUUUUUGAAGACAGAGAGCUGAAAUAUAUGCAAAUUGAGAAGACCUAGAGAGAACAGAGGAAGACUUUUUCCCUCUAUUGUGAAGAUUUGUCAGCUCAAAUGUUCUGUGUUCUAUAUAUUGAAGGGGAUAUAAUUUUUUUUGUAUUUAUUGUGUGAUGGCAAUCUUCUAUAUUGUUGUAACACAGGAAAAAUUUAAGAAAGUUAAAAAAAUUAUUAUAGCAUAAAAAAUAUUGAAUAGAUUCUGUAUAUGUGACUAGAUAGUGAGGUAUUUAUUUAAACAUCAAAGUUUCUACCUUCUCUAGGCAAAUGUGUGUUUCAAAGAUUUCAUUUAAUUAAAUGUAUCUUUCAGGUAAAGCACUUUAGGUCUAUGACCAUCAUGAAUUUCAUAGCUAGCUCUUGAUAGAUCAUCUUCUGAACCUUUUUUCCUUCCUUCUUCACCUGAGCUCACAAUUUCCUGCACAUAACUGGUUUUCCAUAGUUUAAAGAAUCUUUUCAAUACUUUGAUCCUCAUAAAAGGUGCAACAACACAAAUUGCCAUACAUGCAGGGCAUUUUCAUUAUUAAAAUACCAGAUGCUCUCAGCUAAGCCUGAAAAAGAUGAUUUAAAAUUCUUGGUAACUAUGGUUUGGAAAUUAAAUAAUACUAAGUUUUUUGAUAUUUUCUUUGAAAAGCAUUGUGGGCAUUUAAUUUCCUCAUGAUAUUGCUGGCACUACUUGGUUACUGUGCACUGUCUUCUGAUUUACAGUCUGGGGAUAAUACAAUUCUUUGGACAUUUAGGAAAAACAGCCCUUGCUUUAGAUUAUAAUUUUGUUUUCUUGGGAAUGGGAAAAGGAAAACAUACUUACUUCUAGGACAUGAAAUAACUGCACAUGUGAUUACAUAGAAAUGCUGAAGAAACCUGUUCUUGGUUCCCGUUUCACAAGUUAUUGUUGUCUGCAUUUUGCUAAGUGCUUAGCUUUUUGUGGGGGGGAUCAUACACAGGUGAAAAA